AAUCAAAGUUGGCUGUAGCCGCCACGCACAUUAUUCGAGAUGUCCUACAUACUUCACUUCUCAACUUUGAUCAAUCCUUAGCUGAAAUUUCCGGAUUCUUCAAAACGAAAUUAGUAUCCUCGCUCACAACAGUGAUGCUAGCAUUACAAGGUUGCACUAUUACAAGUGUAGAAAUAAAGUUCCAGCCAUUGUCGUUGCCUGUCAGUUUUACAUGA